UGGAUCUCCGGUCCCUUGACGACUAUAAAUGGAGGUUCGUGGUCUCGCCACCCUCGUGUUCAUUCCCAUUAUUCUCUGUUGAUUCUCUCUGCAGAUCUCUGUAUCUGAAGGAAGCCAAUUGCGUAAUCGGAGGUAUCAGCACAAGGUAAAAAUGGUGAAGAUUUGCUGUAUUGGAGCAGGGUAUGUGGGAGGCCCUACCAUGGCUAUGAUUGCGCUCAAGUGCCCCUCAAUUGAAGUGGCUGUUGUCGAUAUUUCUGUCCCUAGAAUCACUUCCUGGAACAGUGAUCAGCUCCCCAUCUACGAGCCCGGGCUAGAUGAUGUAGUUAAGCAGUGCCGAGGCAAGAAUUUAUUCUUCAGCACAGAAGUGGAGAAACAUGUUUGUGAGGCUGACAUAGUAUUUGUUUCGGUUAAUACUCCCACCAAGACUCGCGGUCUUGGUGCUGGCAAAGCUGCUGAUUUAACAUAUUGGGAGAGCGCAGCCCGGAUGAUCGCUGAUGUAUCUAAAUCUGACAAGAUUGUGGUUGAGAAAUCCACAGUUCCUGUGAAAACAGCUGAAGCCAUUGAAAAAAUCUUGAAACACAACAGCAAGGGGAUCAAAUAUCAGAUUCUGUCGAACCCCGAGUUUCUUGCUGAGGGGACAGCCAUCCAAGACCUCAUCGAACCGGACAGGGUUCUCAUUGGAGGUAGGGAAACCCCAGAUGGCCUUAAAGCAGUUGAUACAUUGAAAAAAGUUUAUGCUCAUUGGGUUCCCGAGGAUCGGAUCAUUACCACUAAUUUAUGGUCCGCCGAACUCUCGAAGCUUGCUGCUAAUGCAUUCUUGGCUCAAAGAAUUUCAUCUGUGAAUGCCAUGUCUGCCCUCUGUGAGGCCACUGGCGCCGAUGUCUCCCAAGUGUCGUAUGCAAUCGGAAAGGACACGAGAAUCGGACCCAAGUUCCUCAAUUCCAGCGUCGGCUUCGGCGGUUCUUGCUUUCAGAAGGAUAUUCUCAACUUAGUCUAUAUUUGCGAAUGCAACGGUCUCCCAGAAGUCGCGGAAUACUGGAAGCAAGUCAUCAAGAUCAACGACUAUCAGAAGAGCCGCUUCGUCAACCGCAUAGUCUCAUCCAUGUUCAACACCGUUGCCAACAAGAAAAUCGCUAUCCUCGGGUUCGCCUUCAAGAAAGACACCGGAGACACAAGAGAGACUCCUGCCAUUGACGUCUGCUCGGGUCUUCUCCACGACAAGGCCCAGCUGAGCAUCUACGAUCCUCAGGUGACAGAGGACCAAAUCCAACGAGAUCUCUCGAUGAAAAAGUUCGACUGGGACCAUCCCCUCCAUCUCCAGCCGAUGAGCCCCUCCACGGCUAAGAAAGUCCAAUGCGUCUGGGACGCCUACGAGGCUACCAAAGGAGCACACGCCAUCUGCAUCCUCACCGAGUGGGACGAAUUCAAGAAGCUCGAUUUCCAGAAGAUAUACGACAAUAUGCAGAAACCAGCCUUUGUUUUCGAUGGACGGAACAUCCUCGACUUUAAAAAGCUCAGGGAAAUUGGCUUCAUUGCUUAUUCGAUCGGCAAGCCUCUGGAUGCCUGGCUUAAGGACAUGCCUGCGUUCGUCUAAACUCGUCGAUUCGACCGAUCAAAACAGACAACAUAGAUGACCUCCGGAGCCAGCCAGGUUAGAUAUGCUUAACUCUAAUAUAUAUUCUUUUUUACUCGCUACUACACAUUAUUGUUGAUGUUUCUGUAUUUUUUUUCUUUUCGGGAUUUGAGAUUUGAUAUAUAUAGAUAGAUGGAUGGAUAGAUUAUAGAUAGGAUCAUUUGAUUCUAAAAAUGAACUGGAGAUGAUGAUGCAUCAUGGCUUCACAUUUCUCUGUUCAUGGCUACUUAGCCUCUUCCCUCCAUGUUCUCCCCUAAGUUUUCCAACUUAUAACAAUUCUUCAUUAUUUUUAUUUUUUAUUUUU